AUGAUCACCGGCUCCGACCUGACAGAAUCGAAGAACGCCAUCAAGCUAGCAGAAGAUUACCCCGGUCUCUGCUACGCAACCGUCGGUGUCCACCCCUGCAGUGCGAAGCAGUUUCUCAAGCACAAAGGAGGAGACGACCAGCUACUGCAAGAGCUGAAAGAGCUAGCGCUGGAAGGCAAGAAGAAUGGCACAGUCGCGGCGUUUGGAGAGAUAGGGCUGGACUAUGACCGCUUGCAGCAUGCCGAUAAAGAGACGCAGGUGAAGUACUUCGAGAAGCAGCUCGAUCUAGCGACCGAACUGGACCUUCCUCUCUUCCUACACUCCCGCGCAGCAGCCGAAGACUUUGAGUCGAUAUUGAAGGCUCGCCUGGACCGGCUGCCCAAACGAGGCGUGGUACACUCCUUUACCGGCACCAUGGAGGAGAUGCAGCGGAUUGUGGAGCUUGGAUUCGAUGUGGGCAUCAAUGGAUGCAGUAUGAAAACGGAAGAGAACCUUGAAGUGGUAAAGGCAGUACCGUUGGAGCGGAUACAGAUUGAGACAGAUGGACCCUGGUGUGAGAUGAGACCCAGUCAUGCUUCGGCGACAUUCCUGAAAGACGCACCGCCUUUACCGAAAGCUGUGAAGAAAGAGCAGUGGAACGAGGAGUGUAUGGUGAAGGGACGUAAUGAGCCUUGUCAGAUCACAAAUGUAGCCCACGCGAUUGCGGGGAUCAAGGGGGUGACUGUGGAGGAGGUCUGUGAGGCUGCCUGGAUUAACUCGAUACGAAUGUUCGGUCUUGGUGAGCCGUCGCCUUGA